AUGAAUCAUUCUAAUCACUGUUCCAGUGGUAUUAAAAGACAAAAAAUUGACGAUGAAUAUUUGGAAUAUUCUAAUUUAUGUUCAUCAAAUCUGGGAAACUUUAUGUUUUCACAAGUAAAAAUUGAACAAUGUCAAAAUGAUAAAAAAAAUAUUCCUAAUAAAAAUAUGAUUAAACAUAUUACUUCUCAACAAGGAUUAGAAUUCUCCAAUAUUAUUAAUCCUCUUGGAGUAUCAGGUGUUCCUUCUCAUGAUUUAUCUAAUGAUCAUGAUAGUUUUUUAGAAACACUUCAUGAAAAUGAUCAUAAUGUUUCUGAUACAACCACUUUACCACAUAAUGAUAGUUUAAAUUCAACUAAUCAUAGUGUUCGGGAAAUAUCUAUAGAAGAUAAAAAUAAAUGUUUUCCACAAAUUUAUUCACCACUUAGACCUAUAUCAGAUUUAUUAACUCAUUCAACUUUUCCACUACCUGAAGGUUUAACAAAAGAAGUUAUGGUAGACUACUUAAAUCAUAAAACUGAAUAUGAUUGUACAAUAAAUAUUAGGAGUAUCAUUGUAGGCCAAAAAUCAUAUGGUGAAGAAAAACGAUUUUUAUGUCCACCACCUAUUAUUGAAUUAAAAAAUUCAGUAGGUUGGAAUAAAUUUAGAAUGACUUUGGAUAAUUUUAUGCAUGGAAAAUUAUUAAUGUAUAGUGAUGAAUUACAGAAAGGCCAUUUUUUAACUAAGCUUGCUUUACAAAACGAUGGUUCAAAAAUAGUUGGUACUGCAAUUUUAGAAAAAUUAGAAAAAGUAAAACAAAUGCCUAUUGAUUUUGAUGAAUCUAAUAAAGUAGCCUUGUUAAAAAAUGUAUAUUUUUCAAAUGUUUCACAAACCCUAAAGUCGACAAAAAUUAUAGCUCACCUAUUCUUUUUAUAUGGUGUAGAUAUAGGAAUUUUUGAAACUGAAAGAAUAAGAAUCAUAUCAAAACCAAGUAAAAAAAAAUCUAGUGCUGUUAGAAAUGAUACAAGACAUCUUUUUAUUGAAAGUGGAUAUAAAGUUGCCCUUUUUACUAGAAUGAGAAGUCAAUUAAUUCAUACAAAAUAUGUUGAAGUUAAAAAUGGUAGUUUUAUUUCUAGUCCUACUCAAUGGAGUUGUUUGGAAAUAUUUAUUAUUGAUGAAGAAAAAACUGAUCUUAGUAUAGAUGAUAAUUGUGUUGAUUUCUUUGCAAAAGAUGGUAAUCUUUGUUUUGGAAAUGUUAUUAAAAUUUUGAAUGAUGAAGAAGGUAUUGGAUUACCACCUUUAAGGAUAAUGAAACCUGACAAACAAUAUAUUGAUCUUCAGGAACAUUCAAAAAUGAUUACCAUGAGUGAACCAGUUUGUCAAUUGCAAAAGAUUUGCCUUCAAGAUUAUCAUAAUCCAACAAAAUUUAUAAGCUUAAUUAAUGAUACACUUACAUUCGGCGAUGCAGUAGUCGACGAAAAAGACAAAAAUAAACUUCAAGUAACAGAUUCAUGUAUAUUACAAAUUGUAUCAGCAAAAGAAAAUGAAUAUACAUUUUAUUGUAGUACAGGUAUAAGUCCCUUCCCGGUAGCACCAAUACCAGUUGUUAAAGGAGUUACUGAAUGUGGUUGUGAUUCAGAAUACAGAAUAGAAAUUUGUGGAUCCAAUUUCUCUCCAAACCAUCAAGUUUGGAUUGGUUCUGAAAAAAUUGAGACUGUAAUGAAAAGUUCAGGAAGUAUUGUAGCUAUUCCAACAAGAGAACAAUAUGAAAUAUUUAAAGGAUAUAAAAAUAAAGAAGAAAAAGAAUUAAGUAUCUAUAUAGUCAGAGAAGACGGCGUUAUAUAUCCAACAGAUAAAUCUUUAUCAAGACUAUAA